GCGAAAUAUGUAACUGGCACACUACCUAUUCCCGAUGAACCACCGGUAGUGAAAUUGGUUUUAAAAACAAUAACAUUAAGUUGAAAUAGUUGUUAUAAAGUAUUAAGCACAAUGCUACGAAUGCUUCAGAAAAAAACUAGUCUCAUAAAGCUUCUGGUGCCCGGACCCCGGCUGCACCAGACUGUUGCCCAAACAGCGAUAAAGGAAAUCCCUGCGAUUAAGCCAAUAAGUAUCUCUAAGAGCGACAAAACCGUGGGCAAAUGGUUUCUGGGAGUCAGCGGCAUGGUGUUUGUGGCUGUCGGUCUAGGCGGCGUAACCCGGCUAACAGAAUCCGGACUUUCCAUGGUUACUUGGAAGCUAACGGGCGAACGAAUGCCCAGAACGCAAGAGGAAUGGGUACAAGAAUUCACAAAGUAUCAGCAAUAUCCAGAAUAUAAACUGAAAAACGUAAACAUGACUGUCGACGAGUUCAAAUUUAUAUUCAUGAUGGAGUACAUCCACAGAAUGUGGGGUCGUGCGAUCGGCGGCUUUUUCCUUCUGCCUGCCGCUUACUUUUGGAAAAAAGGAUACUUCUGUGCAAAGACCAAGAAAAGCGUGCUGUUGCUGGGCACGCUGAUCGGUCUUCAAGGCCUUAUGGGCUGGUACAUGGUUAAGUCAGGCCUAGAGGACAGGUUUCAAGAUCCCAACGACGUCCCUCGCGUUUCCCAGUACAGGCUGGCGUCCCACCUGGCAGCAGCGUUCGUUCUGUACGCCCUUUCGUUGUCCAAGGCCAUGUCCAUGCUGAUGCCAGCCAACACAUUUGUGAUCCAGGCCAAGAACGCAUUUAACAUUAAAGGCCUUUCGCAUCUCACGAAGGCAAUGGUCCUCUUGACCGCCAUUUCAGGAGCCUUUGUGGCCGGACUGGACGCUGGUCUAGUCUACAACUCCUUUCCCAAGAUGGGCGACAAAUGGAUACCCGACGACAUGUGGCAGUUCCAGCCGCUACAGAGAAAUAUAACUGAGAACCCAACGACAGUGCAGUUCAACCAUCGCAUCCUGGGCAUUAGCACGGUGACGCUGACCACAGCCCUCUGGCUGGUCACCAGACGAAUGCGGCUGCAGAUGCCCAAGCGGGCCAACUGGGCCAUUAACGCCGUGGUGGCGAUGGCUUGGACACAAGCCACUCUGGGCGUAACAACUCUGCUUAACUAUGUGCCCGUGCCUCUGGCGACCGCUCAUCAGUCCGGAUCGUUGAUUUUGCUUAGCUUCGCCCUGUGGCUGUCGCAUGAAGUUCGCCUGUUGAAAUAUCUACCGAAAUAGUCUAUUUGUGGCGGCGAAUAAACAGUUGUUUGGUUUUCUAGAAACUGCUUUUAUUAACUGCUAAAUGCCGCGCCUGGUAGUUGGUAAUAACGUAACGAUGAUGAUGUAA